AUGCAUAUGCCUUUUGAAGAAUUCGAGCGAGUAAUGGUUGCUUGUUUCGAAGUAUUUUCAACAUGGGAUGAUGAAUAUGAUCGGUUACAAAGUUUAAUGCGAGAUAUCAUCAAAAAGAAACGUGAUGAACAGCUGAGAAUGAUUUGGCGAAGUAAUCCGGCACACCGUCGAUUACAACUCCGGCUGGAUCAAAUGAGGAAGUUUCGGCACCAACAUGAACAACUGAGACAAGUAAUUGUGCGCGUUUUGCGACCUGCACGUAGUGCUCAAGCAGAUAAAACGAAAGACACUGCUGGCGAAUCGAAUGAUAUAUCAGCCAUCAAUGGUGUAGUUGUAAAUGAAAGUGGCAACAAGAUCUCUGUAAAGGUUGGUGGUAAAGAGCAACCACUUUUAGUUGCAUCUGAUGCUAAUGCAAUCGAAGAAGUUAACCUAGCUUACGAAAUAGUGAAAGAGAUCGAUUGUUUGGAUGUUAGCAAGGAAGGCAGUGAUGUUUGGGAAGCAGCAGUCAAGCGCUAUGAUGAACGCAUCGAUCGUGUGGAAACUCGAAUAGCUGCACGUCUUCGGGAUCUUCUAGGGACAGCAAAAAAUGCAAAUGAAAUGUUUCGAUAUUUUUCGCGUUUUAAUGCUUUAUUUGUGCGUCCCCACAUAAGAGGUGCCAUACGAGAAUAUCAAACACAACUUAUACAACGAGUCAAAGAUGAUAUUGAAGCUUUACAUGCGAAAUUCAGAGUACAGUACACAUCUAGCAAAGCUUAUCAUAUGACAAAACUACGUGAUCUACCUCCAGUUGCUGGGUCCAUUAUUUGGGCCCGUCAAAUCGAGCGGCAACUUAAUGCCUACCUACGACGAGUUGAGGAUGUUUUAGGCAAAGGCUGGGAACAACACCGUGAAGGGCAGGUUCUUAAAGCUGAUGGAGACAGUUUUAAAGCCAAACUAAACACCAACGAACUUUUUGAGGAUUGGUCUAGAAAAGUGCAACAGAAACAAACCUCAGUUUCUGGUCGUAUUUUCAAUAUUGAACCUAUUCGAGCCAAACUUAAGGUUAACUUUCAAUUAGAAGUUAUAACUCUUGCUAAGGAGGUGCGUAAUAUGAAGUGGCUUGGUUUCCGUGUGCCUCUUGGGAUAGUUAACAGGGCUCAUCAAACCAAUCAACUAUAUCCUUAUGCUAUAUCUCUUAUCGAAAGUGUACGAACCUAUGAAACCGCCUGUGGUAAAAUAGAAGAAAACCAACGACAGAAUAUUGGUCUUUUAUGCGCUGGAUUGCGACGUGAAGUUCAGCUUCUUAUCGCUGAAGGCAUAUCUCUAGUUUGGGAGUCCUACCGCCUUGGUUUAUUUGUACAACGUCUUGCAGAAACAGUUCUACAAUUUCAAGAAAAAGUUGAUGACCUUCUGGUCACUACUCGAGAAAUCGAUCAAGAAGUUAAAGCACUAGAAACUUGUAAUUUUUCAAAGUCAGUUUUCGAAGAAAUUCUAGGUAAAAUUCAGAAGUCAGUGGAUGAGUUGAAUCUCCAUCAAUAUUCGAAUUUGCCUCAAUGGGUAGCUCGUUUAGAUGAAGAAGUUGAACAUCGCCUGGUUACUCGUCUUGAAGCUGGUAUUUGUGAAUGGACACGUGUUUUACUGGGCAACGAAAAUCCGUCUGAUGCAGGUGAUUCAGAUGAUACACAUUCAACAUCACAAUUGAAACAUCGAUUGGGUGGUGAGCCAAAAAUUAAGCCAUUAGUUCAUGAACUUCGAAUAACUAAUCAACAAAUUCAUCUACAUCCCAGUAUCGAGGUCGCUCGACACGAGCUCAUAGUUAAUCUCAGUUCUUGGGAAAGCAUGGUUCUCAGCCUACCUCGAAUUCAACAUUCACGUUACCAGGUCGGUAUCGAGUCAGAUACCGAUACACAGAAGAAUUAUAAGAAACUUAUAUAUAAACUGGAAAAUGCUGGUGAAUCUUUAGCCAAAGCUCAUAAAGCAAUCGUUCAGGUGACAGGUGAAGCAAAAGAAUAUGUUAAAACAUGGACAAGUUAUCAAGCGCUUUGGGAUCUCCAAAGCGAUCAAGUGUAUGGUCGUCUUGGUUCUGAUACUCAGAUUUGGAUGAAUCUUUUGGAUGAAAUUAAAAGUAUGCGUCAACAUUUUGAUGUAGCAGAAACUCAAAAAAGCUUUGGUCCAAUCAUCAUUAUGUUCGGUAAAGUUCAAUCUAAAGUUUCACUGAAAUACGAUAAUUGGCAUAAAGAUAUUUUGAGCAAGUUUGGAAGUCAUUUAGGUUCAGAAAUGCAAGACUUGUUCUCGCAAGUAUCGAAGGCUCGUGUUGAUCUUGAACAACAAGCCAUAGAAGCUGGUAGUACCGGUGAAGCUGUCAAUGCUAUUACCUACACACAAGCUGUUAAAAGAAAAAUGAAAGUGUGGGAAAAGCAAGUUGAACUGUAUCGUUCUGGUCAGAACAUCUUGUAUCGUGAUCGUUUUCAGUUUCCAUCUAAUUGGUUGGAUUCAGAAAAUAUUCUUGGGGAAUGGAGUGCAUUCCAAGAAAUUUUACGACGGAAAGAAACUAGUAUUGGCUCUCAAGUAGCAAGUCUUCAAAUGAAAGUUGUUGCCGAGGAUAAGGUUGUUGAAAGCAAAACCUGUGAACUAUUGUCAUCUUGGGAUAAAGAAAAACCUAUUGCCGGUAAUCUAAAACCGGAAGAAGCUGUCAACCAGUUAACUAUAUUAGAAGGGAAGUUUAAUCGUCUACGUGAAGAGCGUGAUAAUAUUCAACGUGCUAAAGAAGCCUUAGAGUUGACUGAAUCUGGAGUAAUAUCACCCACAGAACAACGUGUACAAGUGGCCUUUGAAGAACUUCAGGAUCUCAAAAAUGUUUGGCUUGAAUUGUCUCGUAUAUGGGAACAAAUUGAGAUAAUGAAGGAAACUCCUUGGCAAACUGUACAACCGCGCAAUAUCAGGCAGCAGUUAGAUGCAUUGGCAGGACAAUUAAAGGAACUUCCAGCCAGACUGAGACAGUAUUCAUCGUAUGAACACGUCAAACGGACUCUUCAAAAUUAUGCAAAGUUCAAUUUUAUGAUAGUGGAAUUGAAAUCUGAAGCACUGAAAGAUCGUCACUGGAAAUCUUUGAUGAAAAAACUCAACGUUAAUUGGACUAUGUCUGAAUUAACACUCGGUCAUAUGUGGGAAUUAGAUCUUCAGCAAAAUGAAGCAGUUAUCAAAGAAGUUUUACUUGUUGCCCAGGGUGAAAAAGCUUUAGAAGAAUUCUUGAAACAAGUAACAGAAGUAUGGAAAAACUAUACUCUUGAGCUUGUAGCUUAUCAAAUAAAUGUCGACUAA